UGGGGUCGGCGCUGCUGUCGUCCUCUGUGUCCGACCCAACUGAAGAGAAGGUGGAGGAGACGAGCACCAUGCAACGCAAAGGCGCUGUCCCUUCUCAAUGAGUGACCCCGCGGCGUCAGCUCUCUGGCUCCUCCUGCUCAGGCUGAUCUUCCCCGUGCCUCCUCUAGAGGCGGCAGCUUCACAUUGUCUUUUGCCCAGCCCACGGAAUGUCAUUUUUAUCUCCAGAAACAUGAAGAACAUUCUGCAUUGGUUGCCACCAGAAGGAAUAGUGGAGAACAAAUUAAAUUAUAAAGUGAAGUAUUUGAUAUAUGGCACAGAUAAGUGGAUUAAGUAUCCCGAAUGUAAGAAUAUUAAUCAGACCUGGUGUGACCUCUCACGUGGAACAUACAACCACAAAGAACAAUAUCAUGCCAGAGUGAAAGUCUCUCUAAACGGAAAUUGUUCUGUCUGGGCAGAAUCACCCAGGUUCAAUCCAUUUACAGACACGACUAUUGAUCCACCCACAUUUGCCCUCUCAUCCACUGAGACUUCUAUUUCAGUCACCAUGGUUCCCCCUGAGAAAUGGAAGAGAAAUCCCAAGGAGGAACCCGUAUAUUUGCAUGAAAUAUACUCGGGCCUACAAUAUAACGUGUCAGUAUUCAACAAAAACAUAAAUAAAAGAUGGAUAUUUUGCAUUCAAAACAAUCGAUUGGAGGUGCAGCAGUUACAGCCAAAUACGAUAUACUGUGUCACCGUACAAAUAUAUAUUACUCCACUUCUGUUUAGUGAAUUAUCUGAAGAACACUGCAUUGCUACCCUAAAAGCAGAUCCAGAUUUCAAGCAAACCGCAACAGUCAUAUUUGGGUAUACUUUACCAGGCCUGUUAUUAGUCCUGAUUAUUUUGGUGUCAAGCUGCUGUCUAUAUCGAUACACUCAUCUCGUGAAGCAAACGUACCCCAAGAAUUUGAUCUUGAAAUAUAGUCAAAGCUGUGGAAGAGAUAAUUUUGUUCCUUCUGAAAAAAUAGUGGUUAACUUCAUUACAGUUAAUGUUGUAGAAGAACAUAAAUCCUUUCCGGAGAACCGUCAGCGGAAAAUCGGCAAUGGCUACAUCAAUGCUGAGACUGGUGAGGGAAGCUGUAUAGAAGAGAAAGCUUCGAAAAAAGUUCUGGGAAACAAUAAUUUCUUAGAAAGGGACAAUGUACUAAAAAAUGAACAAAACAGAAGCAAAGCAACACUGGCAGAGUUGGAAACGCCCCAGGCUUUAGAACAGACACACAAUGAUGAGGUGGUGGCAUAUGAAUUUGACUUGAGGGCUGAACAGAUGACUCCAGUUCAGGAGAAACAACAAAUGUGUAGCUGUAUUUGUGAACCAGAUUGUGCACUGCACAAUUCACAAGUAAUGACGUCAGAGUUGCCCAUCUAUGGAACAAAGCAGGACUAUUGCCCCCAGUUUGGCGCACGAGAUCCAAAUACCUCUUUCAGGCAACAGUUAAAAGAAGUCCUUCUGAAUGAAAGGAAAUCUGCUUCUUUACAAUUAUAUGAUGCUGAAGUCCCUCUGAUAAAUUUGAUGGCUGAUGAGCCCAACCGAGCCUUCUGUUCUGAGUGUGAUGUUAUAGCAGACAUUUGUUUGGUGCCUGAUCCAAAAGAGCCCUUUUUGGAUGAAAAAGAAGGUGCGCUCAAAGAGCCACACACUUUACUAUCUCUACUAACUCAAAAGACAACUUCAAAAUAUCACCAGACUGGAAGAAGGACCAAGGAAAACCAGGAAACAAGGAUGGAAGAAGAACAGAACAAAACAGUUGAUUGGAAUCCCUGGUCUGGGAGGAUGUAUUUGUCCCCGUUACUUAAUAUAACAAAAGAAGAUAAAAUUGACCCAAAAAAUUAUGAAGAAUCCCUGGAAGAAGCACUUCUCUUCAGGCUUUAUGAGAACCACUGUUCUGAAGACUUAAUAGGAAGAUAUGAGAAUAUGUAUCUCCUCCAACUCAAAGAACAUUGGGGACUACAUAUAGAAAUGCAAACUUAAUCUGUCUUUCAUUUCACGAUUUACUAACUCAGUCCCAUGACUAUCAACAAAGUCAUGGGUUCAGCCCUCAGCUUUAACCAAAGGAUCUUCUUCCAGUCAGUGGAGACUUUCCUUAUGCAAUGAUCUGGUUGACCCAAACCUCAAGGGCUUCUUCUAGACAUUUGCAGAUAAGGAAUACUGCAUAAUAGCUAAAAGUUGGUGAUAAGUAAAGAUCCUUUGGCUAUCUUCAUAUCAUUAGACUUCAGCAAUUCAAUAUAUCUAAAAUAUUUUUUGAAGAAGACAGACUUGAGUUGUAUUGGUUUGCUUUAAAUAAGACUGCCCAUACAGUGCAGAAAAAAUGGUUUGGUUUGAAUGGUAUGAUAAGAUGAACUGGCUA